CUGCUCUGCCCACUGCCAUAGCGACAACUAAUUUAAUAAUCUGUGCUUUGUAUACAAACAAUCUAUAAUGGGGGUAACAGUCUUGCAGCAAUAUCCGGUGCCAGAGAACAAGACCGGCACAUACGUAGUGGAGUUACUUACAAAGCGUAUCUUAGCAUUAGGGGCGACACAACAAGGACAGUUCCUGGUUGAUUGCGAGAGUUAUUUAUCACAUCCACUCAUGGGUACAACAAAAACAGUACAUAUAUUACACAACUCUGAGCAGCCUGCGUCUGUCUUCUCAAUCCUUGAAAGUGGCACGAAAAAUAUUCACGUCAUAGCUGACGGACUAUUUGACUUGUUAAUGAUGAAGUUGUCUCAGCAUUAUACUUCUAAGAAACAAACCAAGAUUGAGAGCAAAGGACCUAGGUUUGAGCUCGGAGAUUUCUGUGUGAAGCUCGGAUCAGUUACUAUGAAUCAGAAUUUUAAAGGGAUUUUGAUUGAGGUAGAAUACAGACCAUGCGUAAUGGCUAAUGCGGUCUGGGGUCUGCUUCGAGAGUUCCUUCAAGGAUUGUUAGGGCCAACUGUUCCGGUCCAACCUCCUCAGCAUCUAAUAAGCAGAAUGAACGAAAUAUACACUCCAAUAGACACAAUAUAUCAGUAUUUAGAACAUUUCAGUGCUUACAGAAAGACUACAGGGAUGAGAACGACAUGAACUAAGUUGACUGUUUUGUGUUUUUUUAUUAAAUAAAUAUGUACAUUUUA